AUGAAGCACUGUCUCAUCGUCACCCUCCUGGGCGCGGCUGCAGUCGUUCUGGCCAAAGAGUCUAAAAAGGAAAAGUUGAGCUCACCAGGCGAGUUUACUAUUCCUUACUUGGCCUACCUGCAGGCCAGCCCGGAACCCUGCGUGGGGUCUCUCAUCAGCCCCGAGUGGAUCCUGACGGCUGCUCACUGCCCCUUACCCGUUAAAAUUCGACUGGGAGUUUUCCAGCCCACCAUCAAGAACAACAAAGAGCAGAUACGGAAUUACUCACUGAUCGUGCCCCACCCUGAAUUCAACACGAACACGCUGGAGAAUGACCUGAUGAUGAUAAAACUGUCCGAGGCGGCGGCCCUCAACACCCACGUGGGAACCAUUGCCAUCGCCCUGGAACCUUUGGUGCUGAACGACUCCUGCUUCAUCCCGACCUGGAGGUGGAAUGAAUACAAAAACCUGAGUGAUCCCGACAUCCUCACCUGGACAAGCCAAUAUUCUCUUCCCUCCGGUGAGUGCCAGGGUAUACUAAGCCAAAGAACGACAGCCAACAUCAUGUGUGUGGGACAACCUCUGAGCACCCUAUAUGGAAUUAAGGAAGUUUCAGCGGCUCCAGCUGUCUGUGCUGGGAGGUUGCAUGGAAUCUUGUCCUGGGCAAAAGGCAGUGUCACCCUGGGAAGUGAAGGAUUCUUCACAGAAGUUCACCCCUAUGCCAGAUGGAUCCUAAAAAUCAUUAAGAGCCACUGA